AUGCAACACUCGCAAAGUGAUGUGGCGCUGGGUACCAACGGCAGCUGGGCCGACCUUAAGAUCGCCGAAGGAUUGAAGAAGCGCAGUAAUACAGCGCAAAACCUUCAGUUUUAUGUCGAGGAACAGAAGCGCCUGUACCAAGAGUUGCCCUUCUCGGUGCUCCCGGGUAUGCGACGGCAAUCAUUUCAGCGCGAGCGCAGCUUUUCCAACCUCAAGUCACGCAGUUCCUGGGGUUCUUUUACGAACCUAGUCGCCAGAGGAGAAGAUCAACCGCUGCUUGGAAGCGAUGACGAAUUUCCAGAGCCUGGCUACACGAUCCCAUUGUUGCUAAGCUGUGGUGUGGCACUUAUGAGCGCCUUUCAGUUCGGCUACAAUACCGGCGUGACAGGCGGUAUUAACCCCGACGUUAUUUUUCCAGGUCACUCUGACAUGCAGUGGGCCAUCUGCGUGUCUAUCUUUGCCAUUGGGGGACCUAUUGGAUCGCUUACUGCGGGUCACGUGAGUACAGUACUUGGCCGUAAGAAGGCACUUCUGGUGGACUCGUUCCUAUUCAUUAUUGCUGGUGUCUUUAUGGCUCUGUCUGUCAACAUCUACGCACUAAUUUUGGGUCGAUUCCUGGUUGGUUUCGCCUCGGGGACCGUAAGUGUUGUUGUGCCGCUAUAUCUUGGUGAGCUCGCACCGCCAAACCUGCGUGGUGCAUUGGGCACAGGAUACCAACUUUUUAUGGUCAUAGGAAUUUUGGCCUCUGACCUUUUGGCGUUUAGCUACUCUGGAGAAAGUCACGGUUUUUCUGAUCCUGGUUGGCGUUUUUUGUUCGGAUUUACGGUCAUUCCGGGGAUCUUGCAACUUGCCUUAGCUUCUUUGCUGACUGAAAGUCCGCGUUGGCUGCUGACCAAGAACCGACCCAAGGAGGCUGCAGACAUUCUGCGUCGUUUGCGUGGUUCCAACGAUGUGUACGAAGAAAUCGAUAGCAUUUGCUCAGCUAGUGACAAUGAAUCGGGUGCCAACACAGGCAUCUGGGAUGUGCUCAACGAUCGAAGCAUACGCUUUCCGCUUGUGGCAGCUGUAGUGCUGCAAGUCGCGCAACAGCUUAGCGGUAUCAAUGCCGUCAUGUUCUAUGCUAGCUCAUUUUUUAAGAAUGUUGGCUUGAAGGAUCCUUUGGUCGGCGCCACGCUGGUGUAUACGGUAAACGUUAUAUCAACAGGUGUUGCGCUAGUGCUAAUGGAUACGGCAGGCAGACGACCGCUGCUAAUUUUCUCAACAAGCGGCAUGAUAUUAUCCAGCGUUGUGCUGACGCUAGGCCUAAUGGGUGCGCUUCCAUUUGCGAGCAUGGCUAGCGUCGGUGGUGUCAUGUGCUUCGUUUGGUUUUUUGAGAUCGGCUUGGGUCCUAUCCCUUGGUUAAUUGUUGCUGAGAUGUUCCCUGCCAAGCCACGUCCCACCGCCAUGAGCAUUGCCACCAUGGUGAAUUGGUCUUGCAGUUUUCUGGUUGGGCUCACCUUCCCUACCAUGCAAUAUCAGCUGGGCGAGUACACGUUUGUGCCAUUUUGUAUAUCACUAUGCAUGGCCCUCGCUUUCACGUUGAAGUACGUGCCUGAGACGAAGGGAAAGACUAUCGAGGAGAUCCAGGCAGAGCUUAAUUUGAAACAGUAG